CGCCGCACAUUCCUCGAUAUCCUUCCUUUGUUUCUCUCCCCAAGUUCGCAAUCUCGAACCAUUCGUGAGCUCCCAUCGUCUUCCAUGACAUACAGUAGCCAUAACUGCUCAGGAUGAAUAUGCUGUCUUUCCAGACAUUUCCUGCAGAGGUUCUGUUCAAGAUAGCCAGGAAUGUGGGCGGCGACUACCUCCGAGCUCGAGUCGACAGAGUUCUACUUUGUAAAUCAUGGUACAGCGUCACUCAAUCAGUCGUUUGGGACGACGUUGAUCUCUCAAUCAAGUGCUUCGAGCGAUAUUUUCAAGCCCCUACCAGCACCCAAUCUUUCAUCCAGUCCCGAGUCAAAUCUCUCUCGAUUUCGGACGUCUACGACAACAACAGUACCACACUUCCUCAGCUCGCAGAGAAAGGAAUCAUUAGCCUGGAAAGCUACCUCCUCGCCAAACAACGCACUCUUCUCCUUUCCCGCAACAUCACUCUGGGUAAUGCCGUAGCAGCCUUUUCCACCAGCCUCCGCCAGAUGCACAAACUGCAAACCUUCACUCUAAGAUUAUCUUCCGGAUCAACCAUCUACAUCGAGCCAGACAAUCAAACAUGGAUAGACACCAUAAGAUGUCUAAUCACAUCCCUACCAAAAACACUCACAAGUCUCACAAUCGACAAGCUAAGCCAAACCUCAGCAUUCAUUGCUGGCCUUAAAAAUCCCCACGGAGUCUGCAACGUUGUGCUAGCCAAAGACUCACUCCCCUCUCUCAAACACCUGCGGCUCCGAAUACACAGCAUAUGCCCCUCUCUCUUCUCUCCUGAAACCAUCGACUCACACAGUCAUCUUGAAACUCUCGUCAUAGCUCUCGAGACAUACUCCCCGCAGCUCGUAGCGGUGCAUCAUGCUCAUCAAUGUACACCGCCACACCGGUCAGGCCGAGAUCUGUUUGUUGAUAUGGUGGAGGCUGCGAAGAAGGCGGUGGAAGCGAAGUGUUUUCCGGAUCUGAAGACGUUGAGGAUUCUGGGAUUUGAUUUGCAGGCGAUGGCGUUCGUUUCGUGUGAUGUUGUGAUAGGCAAUGAGGUUAAUGUUCCGGAGGGGGUGGACUGGGAUGAUGUGGAUUGGGAGGGUCGAGGCAGGGUGGAAAAUGAUUUAGAGUUGACUAAUUCGGAUACGAAUGGUUUGUUGGAAAGUUAGGAGAUGGCCGAGGCACUGGGGGCAAUACCAUAGCACUGACGGAUCAACUAGCUCUUUAUGGUUGAGAAGCGCACUGGUUGUAUUUGAC